AUGUAUUAUUUUUUUGAACCCGAGACAUUACCUUCCCUAGAUAAAGGCCCAAAGAGAAGAAAACCAAACAUGUUUAUAAUGUAUCGUAAAGAUAUGAUGAAACACAAACCCCAUAAUAUGCCCAUGACAAAGUACAGUAAGCUAGUCUCAGAAUGGUGGAAAAAGCUUUCUGCGGACGAAAAAGCGCAAUUGCAACGAAAAUAUCAAAUAGAUCGUGAUCAAAAAUUACAAAAUGAAGUCAAUGCAGCCAAUGCACGUGAUGUAGCCGAGACAAGAGAAGAAAUCGAAUAUGAAAAUUCGAGAUAUCAAGAUGAAGUCAAUAUUUUACCUAAGGGAAUGAAAAAAGAUUGUUAUUUCACAUAA